AUGAAUACGAUCACCAUCCGUGCUCGAAAUGCUCCUCGGACGGCCACCGAUUUGUCGUGGCUACACCACGGCGAGGCAGCCAUUACUCUCGGUUUCCUGGGCGCAAGGGCCAACAACACCAAGAAUGAGAUUUUCAAGAACCUACUGCAAAAUUUCCAUCCCUAUCUUCCAAUUUUGCCCAGCGAUUUGUUUGCUGUGCACCAUAUUCAGCAAGUCGGCCUCGAAGGCUUACAUAGAAGAAUAUCAGAGUAUAUGGAGAAGUUGCUACUUCGAGUCAUUUUGGGUGCUGCCAGUGUUCGGCAUGUCGGUGUCAUGGAAGGGUUGCUACUCCUUGCCGAAUGGGUUCCACAUAUCAGGUCCAAGGAAUGCGCAAGGGAAGCUGCAGAUAGUAACGGCCCGUCGCACCAGGUUCAGGCGACAGCAGAAGACAGUGUGGCAUGGAGCCUCAUUGGGUUGGCUCUCCGACAACCCUACUUGUUACACCUGGAACUAUAUUCGUUUCGGGGCGAGUGCAAGGACAAGAAUCGAGGACAGGUUGGACCUCCAUCGUAA